AUGGUGCCCAAUCGCCUAGUCACCUUAGCGGCAAGACAGUCACUCGACGACAGCGCAACUGCUGCUUUGCGCGGACUGCUGAGUCUGUCGCCUGGCGGUGACAGCGCAGCAGAGCGCGAAUCUGCGUCCCUGUCGCUCGUCGUGAACUUCCGCCACGUCGCCCCUUCCUGUGUGCUGCAAGCGCUGCAGGAUGUGGCUGCAGUGGAACACUACUCGCACUCGCUGCAGCGCUAUCCGCUGGUCAAACAGGCCUUUUGGGAGCAGGUCUUGGCCUCAAAGCUCAUGCUCACGGAUUCCAAGACAGGCAGACAGCAGCUGCAGCUUCAACACGAGCGAUUUCCGAGCCUCGUGCUGGAUUUCUCGCGCUGUGUACUUACUACGGAGCUGCUGGAGAUCCUGACAACGUUCUUCGCGCAGCAGCAAGAGACGCAGCCAAAGUCUGAGCGAUCAUCAGGUGUAGAGGUGGUCAGAGAUGCGGUGUCUCUCGGUCGGCUGGUUCCCGUGACGCUGAAGCUCGUCAGGUGCCGGCUGACGGCAGAAAAGAUCGCGAUGCUAACGCCGAUACUGGUGCCGGAUCGACGGACGCGUGACUUUCCAGUAACACUUUGGGUGACGUCGCUGGACUUGAGCGAGCAUUCAAUGCGAAGUGACGAGUUAAUCGCACUGGCGGAGCUGUUGGAUAACUGUAGGCGACGGAGAGAGCGACGACGCGAGCUAUCGCUCGAGGAGCUCGUGCUGGAAAACGCUCUAAGUCGAGCGCUCACGCCGGAGAACUGGGAGGCGUUCCAAGCAUUCGUACGUGCGGCCUUUGGCGUAACUGAAGGCUGCAGGCCGUCACUGAAGCGGUUGUCGCUGGCGAGGAAUUCCUUAAGCUGCCAUCAUAUCGGCUGCAUUUGCUCAGCAUUGAGAUGCGAUAGCACAGGUCUCGAAGACCUCUCGCUCGCUAAUACGCUUUCGCUCGUGGAUCCGGUCGACCGCAAGGUCUGCUGGCAGUGGCUGGCGAUUGGACUUCGUCCCAUGAGUUUUCGCCGUCGACGGCCAGGACUUCGGAGAUUGGACUUGUCAAGCAACCCUUUGUAUCUCAUGGACGGCGAAGCGUGGAUUGAAGGUCUUCGGGAUCACCAGGCGACGGUCUGGCAAUGGCUCGAAGACGCAGGUUGCUCCCACACGCUUCCCGGUCAAAGUGCAGCAGUCCGGUGUCUGUUGUCCAGUAGUGCUGAGCUGUACUCGUCGCCGAUUGAAACCUGUCCACGAUUGCGUGCCGUCGAGCAACAGGUCAAUGCAGUCAGUCCUGGAGUCAAAGCUGCCGAGUAUGAGGUGCUGGCUUCCGUUGUAGGCGACCGUGCCUGGCUCUGCGUCGUACUUCCGGGCUUCGGUGUGGCCUGGACGCAAACAGAACACGCAAUGUCCUGGGAGCCUACCGAAGACGGUCAACAGAGCGGUUCAGCAGUACUGUCGGAGCUCGUAAUGAACGACAUGGCAGUCUCUCGGACUACAGCAGAUGCGCUGAAGAGCUUCGUCGGAGGGUUUCGUGCGCAACUGCGAUCGCUAGAGCUACGGCGCAACGCAUUGUCUGCCAUGGACCUGGACGCGAUUUUGGCCGGCAACCAGCAGCUUUCCACGUUGGACGUCGAAGGCUGCAGAUUUCUCCAGCUCCAGCUACUCGUCGAUGCUCUACGUGGAAUCCCGGGCCAACAUCUCCGAAAAUUGAACUUGAACGCCAACCUCAUUGGUGCUGACGCCAUGAACGCGCUAUCCGCAGCUCUACGUGGGCAAGGGGCCGAUUGCCUCCCAGUGUUGCAAGAGCUACGUGUUGCGCACAACGAGAUUGGUGCCACUGGCGUGCGCCAUCUGCAUGCGGCUUUAGAAGCAAACAAAGUGUUGAUGCUGUUGGAGCUCGACGUGCCGCACGACGCCGCAGAGGCCCCUCGAUGGCGCGAUGACGAUGAGUACACUCGGCUCUACCGGACCCGUUGCAUGGGAUUGAAUGCGUCGUUCGACAACGAGUUAGUAGGCGUCACUCCGCUGCCUCUUGCUCGCAAGAUCGCGUUCUUGCUGGUGCUCCAUGCGCACGCUGUUGUGCUAGACCGGGGCAUUUGCGCUGUCGUCUUCCGUUUUGCAGCCGAGGAGAAGCGCCGUCGCAUUCUUUGGCAUGCUGUUCCAGCGAGAUAG